GACUCGGUGUCGUGGAGCGCCGAAGCGGUCCCGCGGCUGCGGCUGCGCGGUUCACUUUCGCGAACUCGGUCGAGGGUUAGAAGAAGUGCGGCGCGGGAGAUUCUCAGCUGAACCGCCCUUAAUUCAGCGGGCGUCGGACGUAGCGCUCUGGUUUCUUUCCCGCUUGACAGGUCGCGUCCGUUAAAUCAAAGGCAAAAAGCACCGUGUCCGUCCCUUACGUACACGGGGGCAGGUUAAGGAAAUUUGGAUUUAAGGGACACUCCGUCACCCGAGCGGUGAGGUGGUUAAAGUGAGGCUUUGUAUAGUUACGCUUUGGCUUUUUCGGUUUUGUGGUUAGUGACGUUUUGACAGCUUCUCUUUGGAAGACCGUUCAAGGAGCAGGGACAGCCGCGGAAAUCAAAGUUGAACCGCUCCAUAUAAUGCAGGAAAUAUUAAUGGGGAGUCUGUUUUCUGCAAAGUGAGAUAAUUUCAGACGAGAAGGUGGCAACGGCCUUCCCUAACACCCGAGGCCUCCUCCAAAAUGUACUGCUCAACUUGAUCCCGCCCAUGGAAGUCUUCAGGAGAAAGAGUCCCGCGCAGUAGAACGUUUCUGCCCUCGGCCUUCAGAUCUCCGACUGCAAAACCACUGUGGUUUAACUCCGGGCUUGAGCUUCUGCGAUGACGGUUCUCCCGUCCAGAAGUACCUCCGCUGAGUUUCAGCGAGGCUUCGGGGAGUUAAGCUGCAGGUGGUGGACCCUGUGGAUCAGUGUGCGUGUUGGUUGACCCCGCCGUGUCUGUCUGCACCCCCUGAGGCCUAGCCGUGCUGUGGCCUUGCCUUGUGGCCACAACACGUUUAUCUAGUUAAGGGGAACUUUAACUGGGGAUGCGCGUGGUGGGGUAGUAAGGUUUCUUGCUUUUGAACGUUCAUGUUAGACUUUUCCAGGCAAAACGCAGAGGGUAUUAAAUGGAAAAGAAGCCGGCGUGAUGGGGAAACUAAAUGAAAAUUUUUAAGCUGUUGCUGCAGCUCCUUUUAGACGCCGUGCUAAAGCAGCAUUUUUAUCCGCUCUCAGUCACACUUGCUUCUCCUUGGUCCUUCCCAGUUGUGGGAGCAUCUGAGCAAACUAGAGAAGCGUAUUAAUUAAUGGCACAAUUAGAGAAUCGUUAAUUUGGUGCAUUGUGGGGAAUAACCACCAAGCUGUUGGAUGCCGUGGGUGGUUAGAGGGGACGUUUAUGUUGGCUAGAACGAGGGAGUUUGGGCCGUUUUCAUUUGUUUAAACAAAUCUCUUCAGUCUUCAGGAUGUGCUUAUGCAAGAUUCCAGGCUUUACCUUAUCUUUGAAUUUCUUUCCAUGGAUCUCAAGAAGUACUUGGACUCUAUCCCAUCUGGACAAUAUUUAGAUCAUAUGCUUGUUAAGAGCUACUUGUACCAAAUCUUGCAAGGUAUCGUGUUCUGUCAUUCAAGAAGAGUUCUGCACAGAGACUUGAAACCUCAGAACUUGUUAAUUGAUGACAAUGGUGUGAUUAAACUAGCUGACUUUGGGCUGGCUCGUGCCUUUGGCAUCCCUGUGCGUGUCUAUACACAUGAGGUUGUAACCUUGUGGUACCGAUCCCCAGAAGUCUUGCUUGGCUCUGCCCGCUACUCAACACCCGUAGAUAUAUGGAGCAUCGGUACCAUAUUUGCAGAAAUGGCGACCAAGAAGCCGCUCUUCCACGGGGACUCGGAGAUCGACCAACUCUUCCGGAUCUUUAGAGCUCUGGGGACCCCGAACAACGACGUGUGGCCGGAAGUAGAAUCCCUGCAGGACUACAAGAACACUUUCCCCAAAUGGAAACCAAGUAGUCUGGCGUCUCAUGUGAAAAAUUUGGAUGACGAUGGCCUGGAUCUGCUUUCUAAAACGCUGAUCUACGACCCGGCGAAAAGAAUCUCUGGCCGCGUGGCCCUGAAUCACCCGUACUUUGAUGACCUGGACAAAUCGAAACUUCCAGCCAAUCGGAUCAAGAAAUGCUAACUCUUGGUUCGCAGAGAAGCUGAGGGUGUUUGCUGCGAGAAUACCGAAAGCGUUGCUCCUGUUUUUUAUACGUGUCUGUCUUGAUCUGUUCUAAAAUUAUACUGUUUAGAGUGCUCUGGUUUAGAUCCUCCUCAAAUGUAAAUAUUAACCGAUCCAGUCCUCAAUAAAGUUGUGAACUGUUAAUUAUUCCCACCAUUAUAUAAAUAAAUCCUUCAAAUCUAGGG